AUGUACAAAAAUCCUACGCAGAAUUCGAACUUCGUCGCGACUGUCUACGAUUAUGAGAAAGACGUGCAGCUAAGCAUUCAGCUGAAUCGUUGGAUACUGAAGCCGAUCGGCGUCUGGCCAAAAUCAGCAAGAACCUCAUGGAUAGAAAAAUCCGCUUAUAUGCUAAUAAACGUGAUUUGCACCAGUCUCAUUGGCUUCCUGUUCAUACCCUGUGCUGCCUACAUGGCGCUCGAGGUAGAGGACACGUAUAAUACCUUGAAGCUCUCCGGACCUCUGAGUUUCUGUCUGAUGGCCGUCAUUAAGUAUUCCUCUCUGAUCUUGCGCGAGAACGAUAUCCGCAAAGGUAUCCAGCACAUCGAGAACGAUUGGAUGAACACCCGGUAUUACAAAGAUCGGAUCAUCAUGAUUAGAAACGCAAAGUUCGGCCGUCGUCUCGUAGCGAUAUGCGCGUUCUUCAUGUAUGGUGGUGCUGUGUUUUAUUACCUCGCCAUGCCAUUCAGCAAUGGCAAGGUCACGGAGAUUGACCUAAAUUUGACGUAUCAGCCUCUGGUGUAUCCGGUCGCCAGAGUAUUCGUCGACGCGCGAUACAGUCCCAUCAGCGAGAUUAUCUUCUGGAUGCAGUGUUUGUCAGGUUUCAUCGCGCAUUCCAUCACCGCCGGUGCAUGCAGUGUAGCCGCCGUAUUCGCAAUGCAUGCUUGCGGCCGCUUAGAGAUUCUAAUGCAAUGGAUCGAGCAUUUGGUAGAUGGAAGGGAAGACUUUCGCGGCAACUUGGAUGAGAGAAUGUCGAUGAUUGUGCAGCAUCACGUUCGGAUCUUACAUUUUAUAUCGCUAACGGAUAAAGUACUACGUGAAAUAUCUAUCGUCGAAAUUGUAGGAUGUACGUUAAACAUGUGCUUUCUUGGAUAU